UAUGUUAUUAAUGUUUUUAUUGUUUAAUGGGUUUUUUUUUUAUUUUUUUGUAGGUUUUUAAUGAUGAUGCUUCUUCAUUUGAUAUUAUGAGUUUUAUUUCUAGUAAACCUGAUUGGUUUACUGAAGAAAAAAAGAAUACUGAUAAAUUGAAUGAUGAAGAACAGGUUGUUGAUGAUCAUGGCCUAUUUAAGGAUGUUGUUAAAAAAUCUAAGGAGGAUGAAGAUGAUGGUGGUGAUGACCAGGGUUUGGGGGGUGGUGAUGCUGUUAAAGCUAUUGGUUCAGAUGGGACAAAUAAAGACAAUGUUGAGGGAAAGAAUACUGAAGAAGCAAAAGAUGUUGCAGAUGGGAGUAAUAAAGAUAAUGUUGAGGGCAGAGCAGUUGAUGUAGAUGCAAGUGUAAAUGAUGUUGAAGGUGUUUCUAGUAAGGGAAAGUUGUUUGAUAGUUAA